GAGAGAGGGAGACACACGGACACAACAGCAGCAGCCGAGCUGUGGACAAGUGGGAUCGGCCCGUGGCCCCCGUGCUCCUGAGAAGUCGUCCCCGCUCCUCUGUGCGCACUGAGAGGAAGGUCACGAGGAAAAUAGAGGGGAAAGUGCCACCGGCGCUACCUGCUGCGACCACAGUCAACCGGGAGUCACCUGCCGGGAGGCAAAAGUGCAUUUUAAGCGUAGUUGUAGGUACACGUUGGAGUCGUGGCAGAUGGUUUAUAAGAUGCUCUUUUUUUAAAGGACAAAGGGCCCUUCGUGUCACUUUUUGCACUUGCGCGUCCAGCAAAGGAGGUCUUACAAAAAUUAACGUAUUUAUUUUUUUCAGGCUUUACUUGUAACUGAUGUCAUGUGUUUUGGGAAGUGGGACGCAGCUGUUUGGAUGGACAGGCACUUCAGCUGAGAGGGAGUGAAAGACACGAGACUUCCUUCAGAGUGUCUGCUAAAAAAACAGCGAAGGCAGAAGGAAGAAGCCUCCAGCAGACGCAGGGACAUGGAUGGUAUCGCUGUCUUUGAAACCCGUGUGUCGGCGCAGUCUGCAGAUUGGGUGCACAGCGCGUCCGAGCCGUGACAGUUCAUCAUGACAGAGAAUCCAAACUGCACCUGAGCGCGAAUGUAACGUUACCGGAGCCCACUCCACUACAGGAUCCACGAUGUCCUCAGUCCAGACGAGGAAGCUGACUCUUUGCCAGGCCCUGACCUUUGUCCUGCUGCUGGUCCUUCCCGUGUCCCUGUCCUCCCCGCAGAGUCCCUCUUGGAUUUCGGCGUGGGGUCCUAACAGCAACGAUUCGUCGAUGCGUCCAGCUCGCACACGGAGGCAGCUGCACUUCAGAAAUGAGUGGGCAACAUGGAGCGGCUGGUCUGUGUGCUCACGCACCUGUGGGGGCGGAGCAUCUGUGAGGUCACGCACCUGCAUCACAAGGAAUCCAGUGGGUGGACCAUGUGCAGGAGAUCCCAGACAGUACAAGAUCUGCAACACCAAGGACUGUCCCCCUGGCUCGGAGGAUUUCCGAGAGAUGCAGUGUGCUGCCUUUAAUGACAGGCCGCUGGUGGCUGGCAACUCCUUCAGAUGGACCACCUUUCAUGGAGGCUCUAACCCCUGUGAACUCAGCUGCUUGGCCUUGGGUCACAACUUCUACUUCAACUUUGGCCGAGUGCUUGACGGCACAGCCUGCGACAAGGACUCAGGAGCAGUGUGUGUGAACGGACGCUGCCUGAAACCUGGCUGUGACUUCAUCUUAGGCUCAAAGCAGCAGGUGGAUGCCUGCAUGGUGUGUGGCGGACACAACGCCACCUGCCUACACCACAAGAGUGUGUACCAGAGCAACAGUCUGGAGGCAGGCGGGCCUUUUGGAUACAAUGAAGUGGCCAUGAUCCCUGCUGGAGCAACUCACAUCCGAGUCACUGAUAACAGCAGGAAUUAUCUUGCCCUGCAGAAUGGACGCUCCCAGUUUUUGAUUAAUGGAAACUGGAAGAUCAGCGUUCCAGGCGAGUACAGUGUAGCAGGGACUAAGCUGGUUUAUCAGCGCUCAGCAGACACCUGGGAAAGCUUUGAGGUGCCAGGACCCACCCAGGAAGACCUUCAUCUAAUGGUUCUGGCAACAGACAGAAACCCGGGGAUUGAGUACGAGUAUUGGCUCCCACCAGACCAGUAUGCUCUCUUCCACGGGAGGAGGAGCCCACUGCGACAGGCUCACCAUACUGCCAGCUACCUACCCUGGAGUCAGCCCACUGCUUCAGCCACAACCACCACUACCAGGGUUCCACAAAACACCCCCCGACCUCACUGGUUUUUACAGCCAGUGAAGCCACCACACCACCAGCGUCCCCACCAGCCCAUCCUGCCUCGUCUGGAGCGGGACGAGAACCAUAGAAAUUUCCUCCCUCAGCCCUCACCUGAAAGACAUUGUGGCAAAUGCCAGCGUGUUAAAGGUCGACGAGAACGCCAGAGACAGUAUUGCCAGAAGGACUUUGUUUUCCGGGCAAGAGUCCUUUUGAAGCUGCAACGAGGUGAGGAAACUCGUUACGACGUCCAGAUCAUCCACACCUACCGGAACCGGUUCCGCCUGGAGCACCGGGAGUUCCUGUGGGUCCCUAAUGUGUGCGACUGCCCUAACCUGGAAGUAGGGAAACAGUAUAUCUUUAUGGCGCGACGUCACAUUAAUUAUGAGCGCACAUUAAACCGAAUUCUGCUUGAAGAGGAGAGCUAUGUGGUGCCAUACAGAACCAGAGAGGAUGAACUGUUAUGGCCGCUUGAAAGGCUCUGCAGCAACAGAGGACCCAAACAGAACUGAGGGGAUGAGUGUUGUCGCACGCUUUACUCAGAUAUAACAUUUCUGGACCUUUAAACCAACAUCAGAUUCCUUGUGAUGCAUGUAUUCCAGAAAUACUGAGAGUCCACGAUUAUUUAAAAGCCUGAUCAGCUUACUGUACAAUUUAGAGCACUUUAGGUGACACUUGUGCCACCUUUAAAAACACCAAAGAGAAAAACUGACUGAAAUGGCCUUUUUAUUGUGGCUAUUUCCCACAGCCAUCAUAUAUUUUUAUAUUAUAUUUGUUUUUGUGUAAAAGAAGA